AUGCGUUUGCAACCCGUAACUCAUGAUAACUUCGAUUUAUUCCGCAAAUAUCUGAAUUUACUCAAGACUCAUGACUCACCUGAGUUCAAUCAAAGAUAUCCCAUCGAUGGUACAUGGCGUUAUAUUAAAAAGUAUUACAAACCAACGCCAGAAUUUUUCAAAAGACAAUUGUUUAAACGUAUUCCUUUUAUCGACUGGAUUCGACAAUAUAAUCUUAAAGAAUGGCUUGUACCAGAUAUUGUUUCUGGUUUAACGAUUGGAAUUGUACACAUUCCUCAAGGUCUUGGUUAUGCUAUUCUGGCUGGUCUUCCACCGGUAACUGGACUCUAUGUUUCAUUCUUCCCGGUGAUUCUCUACGCUUUCCUCGGAUCAUCGCGACAUUUGAGUAUUGGUACAUUUGCUGUUUCAUCCUUAAUGAUUCUUGCUGCUAUUAAUAGUAGAGUAGGAACAUUAAUUCCACCAGCUUCAGUUAAAUCUACAAUGAGCACAACAACAACAGUCGCCAGUGAUUCUAGUUUGGAUACAACAGAUUUUGUUUAUACUGCUGAUUAUUCUGCAGCUUUACCUACAUCGGCAACGUACUCUUCGAGUGCGAAAAAGUUUUUAAGCAACGAUCCGAACGAAGCUCGGAUUAUGGUAGCUGCUGCUCUCGCAUUAUUAUCCGGUUUGAUCCAACUAGCUAUGGCUAUACUUCAUUUCGGUUAUGUAACUGUAUAUUUAUCGGAUUCCAUCGUUCAAGGAUUUACGACAGGAUGUGCGAUUCAUAUCAUAACAAGUCAAAUACCAACACUACUUGGAAUUAAAAUACAAACUGUUCAAGGUCAAUCAAAAGUGAUUAAGAGUUGGAUUGAAAUUUUCAAAAAUAUCAAAUAUUCCAAUGGCGCAACGUGUAUUUGCAGUGCUAUAAGUAUCGCACUUUUUGCCGGUGUACGUGAUCAUAUCAACGAACGAUUCAAAGGACGAAUGCCUUUACCCGUUCCAAUUGAAUUAAUCAUAGUCGUUCUCGGUACUGGACUUUCUGCUGCAUUCGAUUUCAAUGCGCGUUGGAAGAUCAGCAUUGUCGGAGGUUUACCACUCGGAAUACCGACUCCAGCCGCUCCACCCAUGGCAGCUAUAUCUGAUGUGAUAGGCGAUGCAAUUGCUAUCGCUAUCGUCUGUUUUGCAAUAAAUAUCAGCAUGGCAAAAUUAUUUGCUACGAAAUAUAAAUAUCAAAUAAGUCCAAAUCAGGAACUGUUUGCUUAUGGAAUUGGAAAUGUAGUCACAUCAUUUUUUCAUGGUUUUCCAGCAUGUGUUGCCCUAUCACGUUGUGCAGUUGUAGAAAGCACGGGUGGUAAAAGUCAAAUCGGCGGACUCCUUGCAUCUAUUGUGGUACUAAUCGUGAUUCUCGCCGUCGGUCCUUUAUUUCGUACACUACCCAAUGCGUGUCUUGCAGCGAUUAUUGUUACAGCUAUGAAAAAUAUGCUUCUACAAACUAAGCAGCUACCUGUCCUAUGGCGUAUUAAUAAAUUGGAGUUUCUCGCUUGGAUCAUCACGUUUUGGGGUGUGGUUUUACUCGACGUUGAUUAUGGCUUGUACAUUGGUGUCGCUGCAAUGAUAUUUCUAUUAAUCAUUCGCACACAAAAGCCACAUGCAACAUCAUUGGGCUAUUUAUCAUCGGCGGGUAUUUAUGAAGAUCAAAAUGCUUAUCCGUCGGCAACAGAUGUUCCGAAUAUAAAGAUCUUUCGUUUCGAAGAAAAUAUCUACUAUGCUAAUGUUGAGAUGUUCAAAAAAUUGUUUAUGAAACGAAUUGGCUUACGUGUCGAUGAUCAAAUCAGAACGAUGAACGAAGAAAUCGCGAAUAUCGAACGAGAAUAUAAAUUACGUUUAGCGAAGCCAAAUAAACAAUUGGCAAAUCUCAAACGACAUUUUAAGAAAGAGGAAAUAACAAUAAACGAAAAUGUCGAAACAGAUGAAAAUAAAAUAUUGGAAGAGAAAAAUGAAAAAAUCGAAGAAGUCAAGAGAAAAUAUCGACCCAGUUUUGAUCAUAUUAUUAUUGAUUGUUCACCUGUAAAUUACAUGGACAUGAUGGGAAUUCGAGCUCUGAUUCAAAUAUUCAAAGAUUUUAAGGAAAUUGGUGUCACCGUUCUUCUCUGUCAAGUUCGACCGAUUGUUUAUCGACAAUUGAAACGAAUGAAUUAUAUGGAUGUAGCUUCUCGUGAAACAAUUCAUGUAACAAUCAACGAUGCAGUAAUGCAUGCAUUAAAAACACGUGCUUCUCGUGAUUCAGUUGUGUAUCUCCCUGGUGCUGAAAUGCCCUAUAUUGGUAUUGAAAAUGCUGCAUAUACAGUCGAUCAAGAGGAAGAACCUGAUGAGACAGUCAUCAAAAGCUAUCUGUAA